CAGUCGUGCUUUGCCUGUCAGAGAAAAGUUGCGCACUGCCGUAGUUAACAAUUGUAAGUACGGUACGUACUUUUUGUCAGUUCGAAGCUUCGUUUUCCCACAUUGGGAUUUUUGAUUGAGCAUUACAAACCUGUUCAUCAUGGCGGGUCGCCCAUAUUUUCGCGGCCCACAUCCCAAUAAUCCCUACCGUCCUGCGCCACCCGUUGUACCCGGCUGGACUCCGGAAGAGCUCCCGCCAGAACAACCCAAAACUAUUCGCAUUCGUAAUCUGGCCACGGAAACAUCGCCGGAUGAUCUGCGAAGAAUCUUCAGCCAGCUAGGUAGUGUGAUGGAUUUGUGGGUCGUUGUGGAUAAAUGGGAGAAUCCGAUGGGUCUGGCCUACUGCGAAUUCAGCGAUCCGCAGGCUGUAAAGAUCGCGGUGGCACACUUGAAUGGCGUCGCAUUCAAGGGCAAUCCCAUCCAUAUCGAGCCAGUGGGCAGCGAGUGGAAAGAGGAGCGUGCGAGAAUAAUGGCAGAAAAGGAGAGGAGCCGUAAUGCGACGGUUGCGCCGCAGUAUUCACAGCCUAUGGAAAUCCCCCCGGAGCCACAGGAGAAUACCGAAGAUCUGGCUAAUCUGAAUUCAGAACAAAUGUUUAAUUUGAUGCACCAGAUGAAACUGUGUAUUGAAGCCGACCCGGUGGAAGCACGGAAUGCUUUGCUGAGGAAUUUUACCUUAUCAGCUGGAAUGUUGCAGGCUCUUUUAAUGAUGAAGCUCGUCGAUCCUCAGGAAGCACUGGAUAUUAUUAUGAAAGAGGAACCUCAGGCGGUCCCACCAUCGCAGCCAACGUCGUCGGUCCCACAGCCAGUCGCUCCCGUUGCCGCACCCCCACAAACUGUUCACCCUCCACCUCACCAUGCCCCUGUGUACAAUAUGCCUCCUCCUGGGCCAGCGAUCCCUAUGGAUCCCCGACAGGCACGUGGUCGGCAAGAUCAUUAUCCUCCCCCGAUGGGUCAUCCGCCUCCGCAGUAUCCCUAUCCCCGACCAUUUCCACCUGUUGGUCAACCACCACCAUCGCAGUAUGGUCCGGGACCGGGAUCGCAAUUUGCUCAACCGCCUCCUAUGCAGUAUGGCGCUGCUCCUCCCGCCGCCGCCGCUCCACCGGAACCGGUGCAGCCCAAUCAGUCGGAGAUGGAGCGGGCCAGUAUGCUACUGCAGUUACUCCAGAUGACCGACCAGCAGUUGGCGCAGCUACCGCCCGAUCAGCGUCAAGCUGUGCUCAUGUUGCGGGAGCAGAUAGCUGGUCACGUGUAAACAUUAUAUUUCCAGAUUUUGUCGACACGAUCUUUCAGUAAUUCAGUGUAUUUGAUUUACGAUUUUUUCUGACAUUGCGGUGUUUUUAUCGCUGAUUUUCUGCGCAGUUAUGUUCGGCCGGUCGCUCAGGGUAUGCUUGAAAAAAUGUAACGCGUUGAGUCACUCACUUAUUGGUGAGAAAUUAAGUGCGAACGGAAGUCA